CCCAGAGGCCUCUGGUUGCCUUGAUGGGCAGGUCGGCUGCCCAUCGCAGAGAUGGGGUGCAGCCUCCCCUCUCCGUCCUCCGGGUGUGCACACUUUGAGCACCCAGAAAUCCCAAGAGACCCCACGUGGGUCCACCCAAAGCUCGGAUGGCCCUACAGCUUGGGUCUGGGGCUCCCUGCUCCAGAGGCCCUACCCCCGUCCUGCCCGCCCCUGCACCCCAUGCGCAUCCCCCUCCAAGCCCCAGGACACCCCGGGACACGGCGGGCGCUGAUGCGCAGCUCUUAGGAGGUCGUCGGUAGCUGCGAGGCGGCGCGGGCUGACCCGAAACAAAGACCAGAGUCCACGACUGGAGGGACAGCGGUCCAGAACAUUCCAGAAUCACUGCAGGCCAACCGGUGCCACCCAGGUGCUUGUCAAGAGAAUGCCAGUCUCUGUGUUUAAGCUGAAAGCAUCCUCCUCAUCGAAACAUUUUGAAGGACUCGCCGGCCUGUCCCCAGUUUCCUGAGCCCCUCUCGGCCUGGGGGACUGUCCACAGCCUGCGUCCUCUUGCCUGGAUCUGGAUGUUCCAUUUCCAUGUCAAGAUGGGGAGGGCUGGGAGGACCCUGAAUACACUUCCUCCAUGGACACACCUGUUUUUGCAGUUACAGAGGAAACAUCUUCCUCUGGGCAAAACCUCCUUGCUGGACGAGCAAUCCUGCAGACGGUCAGGAAGGCCCACGUGAAGGAGGUGGGGAGGCUGGGACACAGUCUCUCCAUGGACCAGUCCCACGCUUCCCGGCCCAGCUGAGGCCCACAGUCAGGAGGGAACUAACAGCUCCUGCCUGCUUCUUGAGCACCCCAGCUUUUAAGUUUCACCUGAGAGACACUCUCCCAAAGCAUCUAACUUUGGAGACCAGUGGAGUUAGUGCUUAUGAGACUGGGGAUAACUGGGGUCACACUGGGGCUCCCCCCCAGGGCCCAGUGUGAAAGUUGCUAGUAUGUGGCAGGCCUUGGAGGCCUUGGAGCCUCAGCCUGAGAGGCCAGAUCUGACUGCACACACGCCUGGGGCCUGUGGAACUCUCCAGGGGUGGACGCUGGUGGGUGCCAUCUUUUCUUUCCCUACUUUCAAACCCUAGAUCCUGAGCUUGCCAGAUGCUUCGGGCCUAGGAAUGACCUUGAAACUCAUGCUCGUGUUUCUGGCCUCAUACUUGAUAUUUGGGGAAUUGCUAUGGGCAUGUGGGGCUCCUGAACUGGACAGUGGCUCUGACUUAGGUCUUGGUCCUGCUGGGCUCUCUCCAUCACUGGACAGCCUGAAGACUGACCUGGCUUCCAGCCAACUCCUUUCUCCUGGGGCUGCAUUCUCUCUCCCCAGCUGCUGCCUCGAAUCUUGCCCCAAGCACAGUGGACCAUACUGACCUCUGACUCCAAGCAUUGCCCUUCAAGUCCCUAGCCGCCUCAGCCAUUCACUGAGUUGUGUCACCUCUGGCCUUUGAUGUCUCAGAUGCAUCCCGUGUUUGCCAUGUAUCUUUCGAUGCUGAAUUUGAAUGGGUCACUGUCACACUACAAGCUGAGCUAUCUCUAAGCCCUGGACUCAGUUCUGACCCUUCUUUUCUCACCAAGGUCUUGACACUUCUCUCAUUGUUUUCUGAGAAACCGUAUGAGAUAGCCAACUUCCAAGAUGGUGCCCAAUAAUUCUUCAAUCCUGCGUUCACGUCUUUAUGCAGUUCCCCCACCUUGAGGAGCGCUGACCAGUACAAUAUUCUAACUGAUGGAAGACCGUGGAGAAGGUGGCAUGUGAAUCUUGGAGGAUCAGCCAUUAAAAAGCCACUGUCCCUUGGGCCUUGCUCUCUCUCAGCCCCUUGUUCUGGGAAGAUCCAGUUGCCAGGUCCUGAAGACAAUUAGGCAGCUCCAUGGAGAGCUCCUUGUGAAGAACAGAGGCCUCCUGGCAAUAGCCAGCACCAGAUUGCCAGCUCUGCCCACAUCUCAUGUGGGAAUCGGAUCCUCAUCCCCAGUCGAGCCUUCAGAUGAGAACAGCACCGGUUGCCAUCUUGAAUGCAACCUUAUAGGGGCCCCUGAGCCAGAAACCCCAGCUCACUGAAGACUGGAACCUUGUGAUACCGGAGGGGUAGACGCGUCUUUGAAGUGACUCCCACCUGCCUCCAAAGAGUCACUUCAUAUCGCUGGAGUCUCCCUCGGAUGAGACUUCUGUCACGCAGUAUCGUGCUCGAGGCUCACCCUGCACUUCUACAUGUGAACAAUGGUUCCCUGGGCUGGUGCCAGAAUCACAAGCAGUGUUCUAAGUGUCUGGAGCCGUGCAAGGAAUCCUGGGACCUCCGGAAGCCACAGUGUCAGAGCUUCUGCGAGCCUCUGUUCCCCAAGAAGAACUACGAGUGUGUGACCAGCUGCGAGUUCCUCAAGUACAUCCUGUCGGUGAAGCAGGGCGAGUGCCCGGGCCCCGAGAAGGCCAGCGGCUUCGCGGCCGCCUGCGUGGAGAGCUGCGAGGUGGACAGCGAGUGCGCGGGCGUGAAGAAGUGCUGCUCCAACGGCUGCGGCCACACCUGCCAGCUGCCCAAGACGCUGUACAAAGGUGUCCCCCUCAAGCCCAGGAAAGACCUUCGCUUUACAGAACUGCAGCCCGGACAGCUGGAGAUCAGGUGGUCCUCGAAAUUCAAUAUUUCCAUCGAGCCGGUGAUCUACGUGGUGCAGAGACGGUGGAACUACGGCAUCCACCCCAGCGAAGACGACGCCACGCCCUGGCAGACGGUGGCCCAGACCACAGACGAGCGUGUUCAGCUGACUGACCUGCGGCCCAGCAGGUGGUACCAGUUCCGCGUGGCCGCCGUCAAUGUCCACGGGACCCGGGGCUUCACCGCGCCCAGCAAGCACUUCUGCUCCUCCAAAGAUCCCUCCUCCUCCCCGGCCCCCACCAACCUCCGCCUGGCCAACUCCAGCGCCAACGAGGACGGGACGGUGACCGUGACGGUGGCGUGGGACCCGCCGGAGGAGCCGGACGUGCCUGUGCACCACUACAAGGUGUUCUGGAACUGGGAGGUCAGCGGCAAGUCCCUGGUCCCAACCAAGAAGAAACGCAGGAAGACCGUGCAUGGGUCCCAGAGCUCGGUGGUCCUGGAGCAGCUCCUGGCCGGCUGCGACUACGGCGUGGAGCUGCAGGCCGUGGCCUUCUGGGGCCAGACGCGGCUGAAGAGUGCCAAGGCCUCGCUGCACUUCACGUCCUCACCGCCCGCCGCCAACAAAGAGCAGCUUGGGGAGAGCAGAAAAGCCGGGGUCGCAGCACCGCCGCCCUUCCCGCGGAGGAGACCCACCAGCCCCCUGGAAAUCGGGGCGCCCUUCCACGAGGACGGGCAGCUGCAGGUGAAGGUGUACUGGAAGAAGACGGAAGACCCCGGCGUCGCUCGCUACCACGUGCAGUGGAUUCCGGAGUCUUGUGAGCACAACGCGACCCUCUGGCCAGCCGUGUCCUCUGGCACCACCCAGGAAAACUACGUGAUUCUUCAGGACCUGGCAUUUUCCUGCAAAUACAAGGUGACCGUGGAGCCCGUACUGCCCAAGGGCCGCUUGAAGCCAGAGACGGUUUUCUUCACGACGCCUCCCUGCUCGGCUCUCAAGGGGAGAGGCCAGACGCACCUGCAGUGCCCUGGAGACUCGGGUGCCACGCUCGCCAAGGCGCUGGCCAAGCCCGAGAACCUGUCGGCCUCCUUCGUGGUGCGGGACGCCAACAUCACCGGCCACUUCUCCUGGAAGACCUCCAGGGCCAACUUCUACCAGCCGGUGACCGGCGUGCAGGUGACCUGGGCCGAGGUCACCACGGAGAGCCGGCAGAACAGCCUGCCCAACAGCGUCAUCUCGCAGUCGCAGAUCCUGCCGCCCGACCAUCACCUCCUCGUGGUGCCCAGCCUGCGGCCGUCCACCCGGUACCGCCUGGAGGUGCGCGUGCUGAGCACGGGAGGAGAGGGCCCGGCCACCGUCAAGACCUUCCGCACGCCCGACCUGCCGCCCUCGGCCGCCCACAGACCCCACUUCAAGCACCACCCCCCGCAUCACUACAAGCCUGCUCCGGAGAGGUACUGACGGGCCCGCGGGCGCCGGCCAGCGGGGUGUCCGUCUCCAAGGACCACGCAUGCUCUUGCGGCCACUGGAGGGCCCUCCCAGAGGUGACCACGUCCCCCGCGGGGAACCCAGCCCUGGGCUGAGCCGGGCAGAGGCGCCCCGUCCCUCCAAGCUGCCCACUCAGCCCCAGGCCCCCCUCCGGCUCUGCUGGGCCCCGUGGCCUGCGGCGUGGGGGCCACCUGGGCCUGCAGAAGCAGGAGCUCGAGCCGGCGGGUCUGGCAAAGGCGCCGCCGAGCCACAAAGAGGCCGGGCUCAUGGGGCAAAGGUGUUUGGUCCCUUGCUUGCCGUUGUGCGCCAGGACCGCCCGGAGCAUCCUGCGGCUUCAGGCGCUGCGUGUUCAGAGCGUUCGGAACACGGUCAUCACCUUGGUUUCUAGUGGACGCUUCAUCCCCCAGACACACCCUUUCAUCGCAGCCCUGUGCACCCCCGUGCACCCUCAGACACAGCGGAGCCGGGUCCGUGACCGGCUUUUCCCCAGCGGACGCCUUGGAGGACAGACAGCUCCGUCCCGGGGGCCUGCAGCGCGCUCGGCCCCAGCGCCGCUCCCGACUCGCUGUCUGUGGACGUGUUUUCUGAGCGUGGCCCACAGCCGCGGGCACCCUCGGGCCCCUUUUGAGUCUAGAAAUUCAUGAACCAUUUGCUUAAAAUGAAAACACCCCAACUAUCGAGGGUUUUCAGGCUGUUGGUGGGACUUGCUUGUUAAAAAUCAGCUCGGGCGUGGUAACGUGACAGUGUGGCUUGAGAGCCGAUUCCUCAGCCUGGAUUAUGCAUUUUGGGGGCGAGGGCAGGACAGCGCCUUCCUGGGGAGCACCCCCGAGUCUCAGCAAAUACCCUCAGCGCUUCCCUCACGCGCUGCCGUCCUGCCCUCCUGCCCAGCGUCGCGUGUCCAGGGCCGAGCGUCUCGGAAAUGAAGACGCGUCGUCGCCGGCACGUUUAUGUUUCACCUUAAUUGUCACGUUUGUGCCAACACACUUUUAUGCACCGGUGGGGAGUUGAACGUGCGGGGUGUGUGCACAGAGGAAGACGCUAUUAAAUUAUUGUAUGUGCUUCAUUUUAUAAAAUCCGUUUCUUUUGUCCGGGCAGCAGACCUGAAGUGAGGAUUUGUAGUUGGGAGAAACGUUCUGCGACUGAUCCCUCCCCCCAAAAAACCCCAAGACGCUCUUAGCGUCUAAUUUGGCAAAAAAUACAAUCAUUUUAAUUUCAUUCUUGCAUUAGGAAGGCCGUUCCCUGCUCCAUAAGAAACCUGAGCUGCUUCUAGGAUCUUCCGUGAGCAACAGUCGUGAGCUGAGCACACAUACAAUUGCGAUGCUUUGAAUUUUCACGUGGGCGUGCCCCAGAGGGUGGGGGACCUGUGCUUCCCCCCAAAUUAUAGUCUUGGUGGCUAAUUUUUGGAUAUGUGUAUUGACAGGAGGGGUGUGGCUCUGACAUCAGAAAAUAGGGCCGGUGUCAGUCUUUAGUCUUUCCAAGGCGGAGCU